UUUUUUUACUGCAAACAUAAAAAAUCCAUCUUAAUUUGCAUCUCGUUCACCACCUGGGAGUUGGCUUGACUUGAAAGAUAUUACCCAGAAAAAUAGUUUGUUCGAGGUUUCAUGUUCUUUAGUUACCUACAUAUUAUUCAUUAAUUCGACUUACAAACUUAAAGGAAAAACUACAGCUGAAAAAAUGGCGCUGAGCUGUGGGAUGCAAUGCAUGAAAUAUCUUCUCUUUGCUUUCAACCUCGUCUUCUGGAUCGCCGGUAUAACGGUGAUGGCCGUAGGGAUCUGGACACGAGUAAGUGCUCAUGAGUACGCGUCAUUAAUGGAAGAGAGUGGUUUCCAGGCCGCCGCCAACAUCAUGAUAGCUGCUGGUGCACUGGUCAUCUUCAUUGGUUUUGUUGGAUGCUGUGGUGCUGUCAAGGAAAACAAAUGUUUCUUGUUGUUGUAUUUCUUUUUAUUGUUGGUCAUUUUUAUCCUGGAAAUUGCAGCUGGAAUUAUGGCCUACACCAAACGCGACAAGGUUAUCAGCACAAUAGAAAAAGCAAUGAACCAAUCCGUCCAAAACGACUACGGACAAAACAAACCAAAAAUCGACAAGGCUGUUGAUCACGCACAAGAAAUGUUGAAAUGCUGUGGAGCCACAGGACCUAAAGACUGGAAAACCUCAAAUUGGAAGAAGUCCCAUCAGAAUGAAACAGUCCCUCAGUCCUGCUGUAAGAACAAGAAGGCACCAUGUGAUUACUACGAUAAGGGAUGUUCUAAAGCACUACAGGAUUUCAUCAAAGGUCACAUGAAAACUCUUGGAGGCAUCGGCGUCGGCAUUGCAAUUAUUCAGAUCCUUGGAAUGGUCUUCUCACUGUGUCUGUUCCGCUCAAUUGGUUAUGAGAAGAUAUAAACAUCCCACGUGACUAACAUAGGUGUAUUUAUUAUCAUUUUAACUUGUUUAUUUCCUUGUCUACACUAAAACGAGGCUAUAGGGGUAAAUUGUAUGCAACGAUCUUGACAUAGCAGCACAAGCAUUGUAUAUUUUAUUUGCAGCCUACGGUAUGUAUAGAUAAAGUAGUAUUGGAGUUAGCAAUCAAAGCACAAUUUCUUGAACCUUUGGGUAAGGGUAACACUGAUUUGUGAUUGUGAAUAGCCCCCAUUAGCCUCGUCUUCGUGUAUUUAGUAAUGUGCAAGAGAUAGGUAAUGAUAUAAUGAAAUAAAUGACAGCAUAUUUCAGAGGGAGGGGAGAGAUGGGCAGAAGAAGAACAAAGUCCCUUUUUUCUUCUUUACUGCUUUAUGGUGUUGGGAAGGAGUGGUCCUGGGUCGAGUAAGGUGGGAUGUGUUUAGCUUUGUUCAAAUAUAAUUCUACACAAUAACCUUGGGGUCUUUUCUCAGGGGGAUCAGGGGUCGGCAGUUCAUUCCAGAGAAAAAUGUCAACUUUUUACGGUUGCUAGUGCUGCUAUUUCCUACUUUAUCGAUGUUUGUGAAGUAUUUUCGGGUCAAACAGCUCACAAAAAAGGCUAAAAUCGAAUAGAAAGAUGUUCUCAUUUACGACUUUGGACAACAAAUCGUGUUCCGAAGAAAUAUCCUUUUAAACGUUUUUGGAACUGCUUUUGUUUUGGACCCGGAAGUCGUUUUUCCAUACGAUUGAAGAACGAUUCUGAGCAGAAAAGAGGUGCCUUAAUGACGUCAACCAGCGAUUCUCCACUAGAUCUCCCUGAUCGAGUAUAGCACACCUUAUCUGUCCAGAAUAAGAAACUCUGUGAAAACUGAGAAAAGACCUCUGGGCCAUAGUAGGAGAAUUAUUAGAUUUAUUAGUGUAUUAAAUGAUAUGCGGCUCACUAGAGAGAUUAAACAUUGUGUCCUAACAGUUUCUUUUCCCCAUACGACAGUCACGUGAUCAUUGACAUCUUAAUGCUGUUUCCAUCCUUUGGGAACAUGUUCUCGUGUUUAUUCAUAUAUACUACACAUAUAUGUCUUUUUUGGUCCAUUUUUGCUAAUGCCAACACGUGCACAUUUCAAGCAAGUCAACCGUUGCUUUACGUUGGCCCAAGAUGCUUGACCUCUCUAGUGGUUCCAUCUAUAUAACAUUUGUCAAGGUCAUAUAAAGCAUAUUUAAUUUAGUUAAUAUCAGACUUACUAUGGAAAUCACUAGGUUGGUAAUAAAGCGUACGUUAAAAAAUUUCUCUCGCUGAGGUGUUGUUGGUUUUUUUGUUUUUUGUUUUUUGUUUUUUUGUUUUUUUUGACCACUUGUUCUUGGUCAAUCAUGUCGUUCCAAAACGAUCGCCUAGUACAGAAAAAUCAAUCGCAUGUUGCAGAUUUGUGUGCUCUGUUUUACCACUCUAAUGAUUUCUACUGAUUACGUAAUCAAAAUUCUUCUGAUGUGGCUACAAACUCGUUUCCAGUACAGCAUCGAGUUUGAUCACCGGAAGACUUCUUGUGAACCUACAAGUUGAUUUGACAUCAUAGGUCUCUAGAUAGCUAUUAACUCGUGACGUAUUUCCGGGUUCAACUGCUCAAGAAACCGCUAAAAUAUUUAAAGCGAAAAAUGUUUUCAAUGAUUUAACCAGCACCAGAGAUAAUUACGGAACAAAUCCUGUCAUGAAGAAAACAAUCAAUAAAAUCUUUAUGGAACUGGUUUUGGUUUUGGACCCGGAAGCCCAUGCGAGUGACGUCAUACUUAAAAGCUCUAUAACGCUCUUCAUUUAGCGACAUAAUCAUGUGAUCGAGAAUCAAACACGCAUUCCUAGAUAUAAUCAUUAGGGUUUAAUGUUACAGGGUUAAUUUUUAAUAUGGCUAGUUUAGUCAAUUGAUUCCACACCAAAUUCAAAAACCGUCGGAUUCAAAUGGUAAAAUUAUCCAAGCUAAGACCGAGGGGUAUUCUGGGUAGGUAAUAUCCUGGGCAUUUGGCUAGUGUUUGCAUACAGACACAUGCAUAAAGAUUUGACAAAAUGCUUUGUUCGGUAACUUGAAUCAAUGUUCGAGAGCUACAAAACUGUAAUAUGCAUAAUAUAAGCCUCAGUAACUGUUUACCCAGAGCACCAUUAGGUCUUAGGUUUUAUUAUUAACCACUUUGAACCCGACAACGAUUUUGAAUUUGGUGUAUUUUAAUUUUUAGUGAUAGAAUAAAGAUAAAAGGCUUCUGUAUAGUCAUCUACGCUAGACAAUGAUUUAAUCACUGAAAAAAACAAUCAGGGAUAUCACAUGUA